UCCGUAACUCCCGCGAAGGAAUUAGGUCAACUCGAGCGGAGGUGCCGGAGUUUGGCAGUUUCUUUACUUAAAAAAAAUAAAACCUUUCCUGACUAAUUCUCCAUCGUCGAACGGCUCGGUUAUCGGGUCCCGAUGCGUGUUAUCUGGCUGGUGCGAAGGAGCUUUUCCAGCGCGGGCCCGGGCUGAAGUAUCAAGUCAGUGGUCGGAUUUUCCUGCUAACAGCUAGUAAGCUAGCUGUGUGUAAACAACAAGAUGAAGCGCAUGAAAGAAGGAGACGAGGACAGUAACGGCUCUCCCAGUAAGAGCCCGCCAGAGGCUUGCAAGAAGGUGCGCAAGAUGAGCGGGGAGUCGGAGACAGUGGCGACCAGUGAGUCACCAGACUGUAACUGGGCACGGCUGCCUCAGGAGCUCCUGUUACACAUCUUCCAGUACCUUCCACUGCUGGACCGGGCUUAUGCCUCUCAGGUGUGCCGUGGGUGGAACCAGGCUUUCCACAUGCCUGAGUUGUGGAGAUGCUUUGAGUUUGAGCUUAAUCAGCCAGCCAGCUCUUACCUGAAAGCUACACAUCCAGACCUUAUAAAGCAAAUCAUAAAGAGGCACUCCAACCACCUGCAGUAUGUCAGUUUCAAGGUGGACAGUAGUACGGAGUCUGCAGAAGCCGCAUGUGACAUUCUUUCACAGUUGGUGAAUUGUUCCCUGAAGACUUUGGGACUCAUCUCUACAGCCAGGCCUAGCUUCAUGGAGGUUCCAAAGUCUCAUUUUAUCUCAGCCCUGACUGUGGUGUUUGUCAACUCCAAAUCAUUGUCUUCGCUGAAGAUUGAUGACACGCCAGUUGACGAUCCAUCUCUGAAGGUGCUGGUGGCCAACAACAGCGACACCUUGAAGCUGCUGAAGAUGAGCAGCUGCCCUCAUGUCUCCCCUGCAGGGAUCCUGUGUGUGGCAGACCAGUGUCAUGGGCUGAGAGAGCUGGCGCUGAACUACCACCUCCUGAGUGAUGAGCUCCUGCUGGCCCUCUCCUCAGAAAAACACGUCCACCUGGAACACUUGCGCAUCGAUGUGGUGAGCGAGAACCCCGGCCAGCACUUCCACACCAUCAAGAAGAGCAGCUGGGACGCCAUGGUGCGGCAUUCGCCCAAAUUCAACCUCGUCAUGUACUUCUUUCUUUAUGAGGACGAGUUUGGCCCUUUCUUUAAUGAAGAGAUCCCUGUCACACAUCUCUACUUUGGCCGCUCAGUCAGCAAAGAGGUGUUGGGCCGCGUUGGCCUCCACUGCCCCCGUCUGGUGGAGCUGGUUGUGUGCGCCAACGGCCUGCGUCCUCUGGAUGAGGAGCUGAUCCGCAUUGCGAAGCACUGCACCCAGUUGUCGGCCAUCGGUCUGGGCGAGUGUGAGGUGUCCUGCAGCGCGUUUGUGGAGUUUGUUAAAAUGUGUGGCAGGAGGCUGUCCCAGCUGUCCAUCAUGGAGGAGGUGCUGAUUCCAGAUCACAAAUACUCCCUGGAUGAGAUUCACUGGGAGGUGUCGAAGCACCUGGGCCGGGUCUGGUUCCCAGACAUGAUGCCGACCUGGUAGAGUUUGUGGCGUGGAACGUUAACGGCCUCCAUGUUUGCAUUGAAAAGCCUUUAAAUGCUCAGCUGUAGUGGAAUGUUUGGUGCCAACAUGGGGAGCAUAAACUUGCUGAACUCCUGUGUGGAGUGCAUGGCACGGAUAUAAAAUGGCAUCCAACUGCUGCAGUGUUAUCAUGCCAUGCAAACACUACAAAAAUCUCUGCCUGUUGGCGUCAACAUGGACUGUGGAAAACUGCUUUGCCUAAUCUGAAAAUGGAGCUUGGCAAGCUGACUUCCUCCCACAUUAGAACAGAUGGAGGUGGAAAUAUUUGUCUAAAAAAAAGCAAUGUUUUUAUAACUACAAAUUGAGUUAUAUGGACAUUGUAGCUUGGUUAUGAUAAUCUGUAUUAUGGGAGAUGUCAGAGCGUGUGUGUGUGUAUGUAUAUGCGUACGUGUGUGUGUGUGUGUGUGUUAACGUUUUUCAACAUUGUGGAGUAAAUUGGGACAAUUAGAUGCACAAUUGCAUGUUGUUACACUACCACUCGGCCUACUUAAAUCCAGUCUAAGUUAGCAGCUCUGCACUCUGUAACACAAUAUGGCAUUGGAGGUUUCCAAGUAGCUGCAAUGUUGUUUGUAUAUAGGAUGUGACAGAAGGUGUUUUGUCAGGUGUAGCUGAGGGAGGGAUUCACUUAAUUUUACCCUCAUUUUAAACUAAUUUAAACACAAGAGAAGCAGUAGUUUUGGCGACAUCUUGCUUUUCCUCCUCGCCUGAGCUCAAUCAUGUGUCGCAAGACAUGAUUGUUGGAAAUGUUAGAAAGUCGGCGGAUGGAGACAGAAUGUGUACAUAGGUUUCUAUUUGUGAUGUGAAGGUGUACAGUGUUGAUCGAUGUCAUUGAUUUUUAUUUUCUCCAAGGUUGUGCAGAUUAUUUCAUUUCCUGCAACACACAUAGACUGGCGUGAUAAAUGAGUUUUUCUCUGUUUUGGUAAAAGAAGGUUUCUGUACAGUCAUAGAUUUCCUAAGCACCUUAUGUGAAUACCAAAUGAUAGUGAGGACAGACGGAGUCCUUUUGGCCAAAAAAAAAAAAAAAAAAUCAAAAUUUCUAAUGAUGAUUAUUUAUACUGUAUGGAGUCUCUGCAUAAUCAGAUUCCAAGGAAAGUAUAUUGAAGUAAUAAAUCUAUAAUUACUGAGAAAAACAAAACAAAAAAAAAAUGUAAAUAUAAAUAGUGCGCAGAUUCGGCUGAAUUUGGAGGUAGACAUUAAUGAGUCUCCACACUUGAUGCUCAGAUUGCUUUGUAAUCGUUAAACACCAGACGCGUCUCUGCAGCUCUUAGCUUAUGGUGCACACUGUUUCUCAGGUGCAUUGAAAAAAUUUAUUUCUUAUGUAGGUUUCAUUGGUAUCUUCUGCUAUUUGCCUGUUCAAGCUCUAAACCCUGGCUCUCUGUUAUGAAUAUACGCUCUCCCAUGAGCCCCCCAUUUGCUCUGUAUCGUGUCACCAUGUCGUAUAUGCAGGAGAGGGAGCUGUAUUCAUCAAUUACCACUGUCUUUGCAGAUAUCUCUCAUACUCCUGUCCCAACCGUUCAUUCAUUCAUUUCCGUCGAAAGAGAUUUGGCAAGUCAGAUGAGUGAAACAGACUUUUUUUUUCCUUUAAGAAGGAAGUCAAAUGCAUCUGUAUAUAAAACGCUGUGUGUUUGAUUAUUAUGAAUAGAAAUGUACUUAUUUCUUUAUGUCACCCUCUGUCAGGGUUUGAAGUUUCCUUAACCAACAGCUCGUGUCUUUUAUAAAACCAGAUUGCGAGUUAUCCUUUACUAGAUGGAUCUUUUUCAUAACGUAGUCACUAGAGAAGUUAAACUGUGUAAUUUAUUGAUAUGAAUACUGCUUUUGUAAUUCAUUUGUUUUUUUUUUUUCAGUUAUACAAAAUAAGCAAACAGCGAGCAGACCAGCAGCGAGAUUUGUCGUUCUUUGGUUUUGGCACUGUCACUUCUUUUUGUUGCAUACAGGUGGUCCCAAAGUUUAGAGUUCACUACCACAGACUUUCAUUGGAGGAGGCUGUUAAUUUUGUCUUUAAAUUUGUAAAAGAGGAUUUAUUUUCCAACAGUGGCACUAAAAACGUGAGGUUGUCAUGCACCUGUUUGAACUUCAGGAAAUAUGAGGAGUACAUGGCUUUCCAGUAACUGCUUCUGAAUCCUACUGAUCAUGUUUAUGAAAUAAAAAGGAGUUACAUUAACAGUAGAAAUGAGUACUUAAAUAUUGAGCAAUCACAAAUCUUUUGACUUGUGUCUGUAUGUGUUGUUAAACACUAUUUAAUUGUGUUUAAGGGAUAGAAUUUGAAAAGUUAGUGGUAGUGGACAAACUUGAAGACGGAACUGUAUGUCAUUAGGAUGUGUUUCAAACUGAUUUCAAUCUUUUCUCUGACAGACUUCAUUCCUUUUAUCCAAGUCGAAUUUUAUUUAGACUAAAACUGAGAAACGCAUUGCAGGAGGUGCAAAUGCUUCUUAGUAUUUAUUGGGUUGAAUUAACAUAGUCUUUUGAUAGUAUUGGUCUUUUAUCACUGAAGUAGAAACCUGUGCUGAUUGUCUGCGCUCAUGUAAAUUAGCAUCUCAGCGGUACAGUAACAUAUCUCCUGAUUCAUUUGACAGAGUUUGUGCAGUGGCUUUGAAGUGAAGCCUCAUCAGUAAUUUUCACUGAGAGCAUUGGUUUUAAUCACUUGUCUUUAUUGGAAAAUUCAGCUGGAUCAGUAAAACAUGUAAACAGUAAAACAACAAUAAAUACAGGUCGAGAGGGGAAAUUAUUUAUCUUUCAUCAUAAAUAUGCCUCUUGUCAGUAAUUGUUAUUUUAACCUCGUUUGUUUAGAGAGAACUCCAGUAAGUUUAUUAGGAGUAAACUGGUGUUGACAAUGCUGUCCUAGCUUUGCUUCUCUAUGGCAAAUGCUUUGUCUAUUUUGCUUUACUGGUCACCUGUCUUGAAAUUAAAAUAUUGUUUUGGACAUGUGAUCUUAUACAGUAAUAAAAAAAAUUGUGAAUGUA